CGAGACUUCGCCUGCACCUCCGUGUGCUCUGCAUCUUUCCACCGGACCGCAGUGGAUCCAACCGCCCGAACAGGACUACAUCAACAGCACAAGAUGUAAAAAGGAGGUGUUGUGCAGAGCGCGUUUCACUGGUCUGCUCGUUUGUAGGAGCAAAGCACUAAACGAAAUCACAGCCUGGCUUUUUGUCUUUGCGCUCUUCCCUCACUGGUAAGUGGGAUGCAGGAUGCGCAGCAUCACCAGUAUCGUCAGAAUAAACCUAACAGACAGAGCUUCCAGUUCAGCGGGUCUGUCAGAUAUUAAGGCAACUGGGUUGAAGACUAAGAGUGAAAAAUAAAACUCUCCGCCGGCUUGAAAGGGACUGGUUUUCUUCGGGGGAUAAAGUGAGGAGAGACAUUUUCCCCAACUGUUUGGAAUGUGGUUGUUUUUAAUUCGUCGGGCACAUUAAUGCCCCGUAAAACAGGAAAUGAUCUGGACAUUUAAAGAUCAGACUUAUCCGUACAGCUGUUAAUCUGAUCGGUAACGCAUUUGAUCUGCCCAUCUAUCUUCUCUGAGAGUCUCGGUGGCGGAGGGAGGCGCGGAACUAUACUGGGAGAAACUCAGUUACACUGCAAUUACGGUUUUCUCGCAAGACGACGUAUUUCUGCAGGCAGUGGACACACACGAAACCUUUGCCAAACUAAGAGAGAAUAUAUUUUAAACCCCAACAAGGAGCAGCGCAGCGACAACCAGCGUGCAGAGCCCAAACUGUGCAUUUGUGUGUCUAUACACACACUUGUGUCAGAGCCAGGGCACAUACAGUCCUGUAUGUGUAUGUGAGAUGAGGAGAAGCUACAGUAAGUGACUCCCGCAACCAUCCAGAUCAGACAGCCUCCUAUGCUGCAAGAUGGAUUAGAGCCCCACACCUCAGGAGAUCAAAGGUGGCUGUGACAGGGGCAUCCCCGGGGCAGGACCCAUGAGGAGUCAUAGAAGAUGCUCACAGCCUGGGCGCUUCUGCUCUUCUUAGCCAUGUGGGUGAGAAGCACCUCUGGUGGCCCGCUCUCCUUCAGAAUAGCUGCCAUCCUUGAUGACCCCAUGGAGUGCAGCAGGGGAGAGCGUCUGGCCAUCACGCUGGCCAAAGACAGCAUCAACAGGAACAGUAACCGCUCCACCACUGGCAAGCUGGAGGUGGACAUCUUUGAACUGCUAAGAGACAGUGAAUAUGAAAUGGGGGAAACAAUGUGCCAGAUCAUGUCUAAAGGGGUGGUGGCAGUCCUUGGUCCCUCCGCCAGCCCGGCCUCCAACUCCAUCAUCAGCAAUAUCUGUGGAGAGAAGGAGGUUCCCUAUGUCAAGGUGGCUCCAGAGGACAUUCUCAAGGUUCAAUUCCCCCGGUUCACCACUCUGGACCUGAGGCCAACCAACACAGACAUCAGCCUGGCUGUGGCCGGACUUCUCACCUUCUUUAACAGCACCACCGCCUGCCUCAUCUGUGCUCAGGCUGAAUGCUUAUUAAACCUGGAGCAGCUCCUCAGGCAGUUCCUCAUUUCCAAGGAGACUCUGUCAGUGCGCAUGCUCGAUGACAGCGAGGACCCGACCCCACUCUUGAAGGAGAUACGAGAUGACAAGACUGCCACUAUUAUCGUCGAUGCCAAUGCCACCAUGUCACAUAUCAUUUUGGAACGGGCAUCAGAGCUGGGAAUGCUGUCUGUCUACUACACUUACAUCUUCACCUCUCUGGAAUUCUCUUUACUACGACUAGAUGAUGUGGCAGACCAACGAGUCAACAUAGUCGGCUUUUCAGUCUUCAACAAAACUCAUCCCUUCUUCCAGGAUUUUGUGCUAAGCCUCAACCGCUCCUGGCAAGAGAACUGUGACCACGCACCCUUCGCCGGCACCCCACUCUCCUCAGCUCUGCUCUUUGCUGCAGUAUACGCGGUGGUGGCAGCGGUCCAGGAGCUGAACCGCAGUCAGAAUGUUGGCGCCACUCAGCUCUCCUGCAAGUCCUCCAAGAUCUGGGAGCACGGCACAAGCCUCAUGAAUUACUUGAGGAUGGUAGAAUUGGAAGGUCUAACGGGCCACAUUGAAUUCAACAGCAAAGGCCAGCGAUCUAACUAUGCCCUGAGGAUCAUGCAGAACAGCAAGGAUGGCCUAAGGCAGAUUGGCCUGUGGCACUCUGAGGAUGGACUGUCCAUGGAGAGAAAGCUUCCAUCAAUCAAUGUGACGGACACCCUCUUCAAUACCACUCUCACCAUCACGACAAUAUUGGAGAAUCCAUAUGUGAUGCUGCGGCAGAACCACCAAGAACUGGAGGGAAAUGACCGCUACGAAGGCUUCUGUGUGGACAUGCUGAAGGAGCUGGCAGAUAUUCUCAAGUUCAAGUAUCGCAUUCGGCUGGUGGGGGACGGACUAUACGGGGUUCCUGGAGCCAACGGAACAUGGACUGGCAUGGUCGGAGAGCUCAUAUCAAGGAAAGCUGACCUGGCAGUCGCAGCCCUCACCAUAACAGCAGAGCGGGAAAAGGUCAUUGACUUCUCAAAGCCUUUCAUGACCCUUGGCAUCAGUAUCAUGUACCGCGUCCACCUGGGACGUAAGCCAGGCUACUUCUCCUUCCUGGAUCCCUUCUCCCCUGGAGUCUGGCUCUUCAUGCUUCUGGCUUACUUGGCUGUUAGCUGUGUCCUCUUUCUGGUGGCCAGACUGACACCGUAUGAGUGGUACAACCCUCACCCCUGUCUAAAGGGCCGCUGCAAUCUGCUGAUCAAUCAGUACUCACUUGGCAACAGCUUCUGGUUCCCUGUUGGAGGUUUCAUGCAGCAAGGAUCCACCAUUGCCCCCAGAGCUCUGUCCACACGUUGCGUCAGCGGAGUGUGGUGGGCCUUCACAUUAAUCAUCAUCUCAUCCUACACAGCCAACCUGGCUGCCUUCCUAACAGUUCAGAGGAUGGAGGUACCGAUAGAGUCAGUAGAUGACCUCGCGGAUCAGACAGCGAUAGAGUACGGCACUAUGCAAGGAGGAUCCACAAUGACCUUCUUCCAGAACUCGCGCUACCAGACCUACCAGCGCAUGUGGAACUUCAUGUACUCAAAGCAGCCCAGUGUGUUUGUGAAGAGCACAGAGGAGGGGAUCGCCCGUGUCCUCAACUCCAACUACGCUUAUUUGCUAGAGAGCACCAUGAAUGAGUACUACCGCCAGAGGAACUGCAACCUGACUCAGAUUGGAGGACUGCUGGACACCAAGGGCUACGGCAUUGGCAUGCCACUGGGGUCAGUGUACCGUGAUGAGUUUGACCUGGCCAUCCUCAAAAUGCAGGAAGACAAUCGUUUGGAGAUCCUCAAGAGGAAGUGGUGGGAAGGGGGCAAGUGUCCAAAAGAGGAGGACCAUCGCGCCAAAGGUCUGGGUAUGGAGAACAUUGGCGGCAUCUUCGUGGUGCUGGUGUGUGGCCUGCUGGUGGCUAUCUUCAUGGCAGUGCUGGAGUUUGCCUGGAUGUUAAGGCAGACACCAGGAAAUGAGCAGUCAAUGUGUGAGGAGAUGCUGCGGGAGCUCCAGGGGAUCGUCCUGUGUCGGGACAGCCUGCAGGUGAGGCGCCGACGGGCGGCUUCAAUGCUACGACCGCGACCCUUGCCCCUGGAGGAUCGCCGGGCGCGUGCAGCUGCCGUCAGCCUCAGCAAUGGCAAGCUGUGCGGGGGCACUGGACUGCCAGAACCUCUCUCCCACAGACUGGCACAGGAGGCUGCCAUGGUUGCGAGGGGAUGCAGCCACAUCCGCAUUUGCCCUGAAUGCCGACGUUUUCAGGGACUGAGGAUGCGUCCUGCAGGGGCCACUGGGGCCCUCCCAUCUCCCACACACAGUGAGGAGAGCAUAGAAUGGGACAAGGCCACAAAUAGCAGUGAACCUGAAUAACGCCCAGCGAUUCCAACGCAACUGACUUUCCCAGCUGCCACCUCUCUACUUUCCAGGGAUCAGAGAUCACGUGGUAUUUUGAUACAGCCAUGCGGAGCUUGGUCUUAAAGGGCAGGACAAUGCUGAGAACUUGGUUUUGCCCUAGACACAAUAGCCAGCAGUCAGUUUUUGGAAUUUCCUUUGGUGAAUUUUUUUUUUCCUUGCUCACAGGAAAAACUGAUGAGUCUGUCUCAUUGUGUUCUGUCCCUAUUGGCCCUCUAUGCUGUGUGAAACAGGACGGACACAAACAGCUAUGGUGGAAUUUGUACUAUGCAGCAUUUUGAGUCCUUUAUCAUUGUGCUGUUUUUUUUUCUUUUUAAAUUAUUUCUGUCCUCUGUUGGAUUAUCGGUACUGAAUAUUAUUAUUCUAUUGUUCUUUAAAAUUUUCAAACAAGAUGCUUUUUUAAUCUGACAGUUUACUGUAUGAACAUAUAUUGCCUCUGAAGAGCUGCAAAGAUGAACAGACUAAUGCAAGACUAAUUCUUCAAAUCCUUUUAUUUUGAAAGUGCCAAAAAAAAUCCAUAAGUUUUAUCUUGUGGAUGAAGAAAGCACCCCAGCCUUGAGAAGACGACAAACUCAACUGAACCUUAAAAAACAGACACAUGGACUUUUUUAUAGUAGUGAUAUUCUAUUAAAAAUGUUUUAAAUGUUAGUAUCUCUGAAAGACAGCGAGUUCAUGUCAAGAGGUGUUGGCAGGUGCUCGCUGAAUGAUUCAUUGUAAAAGUGGUGAAAGGAUUUCCUGUUUUGAAUACCUGCUUAAAAAUGUGAUGGCUACACACACACACACAUACACACAUUUCACACAAAACACCAGUUUAUUUCCUUCCUCUACGUCUUGGCAUUACUUCCUCCUCCAUCAGUCCUACGUCUUUGACACCAUGACAAGGAUAUUGUGUGAACAUACUGUAUGUCCACUUGAUGACCUCUCACUUAAAAAUAUAUACAAUCUCCCCCACAGUAUAUAUACACUCUCUGUAAGAAGUGAGAGGCCUUUUUUUUUCAUUGCACAUAUUUAAGAGUGAUUCAGGUCUAAUUAGGGAUGUGUAUGAAUUAAACCCAGAAUAUAUUAGAACCAACCAAAAGCAUGAAGUCCCUGGUAAAGUCAAUGUUUUUCUGCUGCAGUUGACUUGAGUUCUUUUAAAUGUCAAGUCAUUUAAACAGUUGUCGAAUGUGUAGUUCACUGCUUUUAGGAGGACAUCAGCUCGUAUCAACCUAGACACUGACAUUUUCAUACUUUUAUUUUUGCAAAUUUCCAAACUAAACCUAGAAUAUAUUAAUAGAUUCCCCAGGAAACUGACUUUUAAUGCCAAUUCAAAUGCAGAAAAGAACUGAGCGAUGAUUCAACCAGUUGUUUAUCAAUUCAGUUUUGGUCAUUACAGUAUUUGAAGUUUGGAAAUCCAAUUAAUUGAAGUUAAAAUGAAGCAAUUCAAUAAUUCAAAAUUUCAGUUACUAUUUAAAAUGUAUUCAUUGGGUUUGGUAAGUUUAUUUAAAGAAUGGUAGGUUGUUUUUAUAUGCAUUAUAUCAGCUGUGCCUUCAGAGGUAAAACAAUGAGAACAAACCUCCAUUUAUAGAGAAUGUGAAGUUGACAUCAUACCGUGUUGAAGUUAGGGUAAAUGUGCUAUGUUUGGGUCAUCCAUCAUAGAGACAUACAUUACAUACAUCUAUAAAUCAAUUUUUAAAAAUUAAGCACUAUCCCAUACAGCUUCAUAUGGUAGCGGAUGCUUCAGCUACAUCCAAACUUCCUCUUUAGUGUUCAGUUUGAGCAAGGACAGGACAGAAAUUAAUUCAUCUGCAGUGUUUGUAUUAACUGCCAACAGCUGCUAGCUAGUGUUAGCUCCUGAACUGAGAGGUGAGAUCAGUGUGCAGUGGCAUCUCUGUCUCUCACUCAUAGACAGGAUCUGUAGGUCCACCCCAAGUUAGCUAAGUCAGCUAAGGUUAUCAAUCCUGAAUUACCACAGUCAGUAAAGUGAGAUCUAAACAAUUUAAGGAACUUUUAAACUAAAAAAAACAAGAAUGUAUGCAGGUAAAUAUAAUGCAUACCUCCAAAAAUGGUUCCCCCAUCCCAGCAUUCAGCACAUUGUGACGUACCUUCACACUCACUUCUACAUUGAAUGUUG